CAGGCUGAAGUGGAGGAGACCCUAAAGAGGAUCCAGGCCCAGCAAGGGGUUAUCGCGACCAUGGUUAUAAACGCCGAAGGAAUUCCAGUCAGAACGACUCUGGAUAACUCUACAACAGUGCAGUAUGCAGGUCUUCUUCGUGAGCUCACCAGGAAAGCCAGGAGCGCAGUGAGAGAUAUUGAUCCGCAGAACGACCUAACCUUCCUUAGGAUCAGAUCAAAGAAACAUGAAAUCCUGGUUGCUCCAGAUAAGGACUAUCUCCUGAUCGUUAUUCAGAACCCACGCAAAUAG